UAGUGUCAAUGACAUUUGCGUGCUUGCUAAUUGUAGACGUCAUAGCAUUCGGUUAUUGCAUCCAGUUCUCGCUAAAGUAGUUUUUAUAAAAAGUAGGAGUAGACUAGGAAAACAUCCCACGUCAUCACAUUAGGGUCUUGUGUUUAUUGUGCAAUACAAUUAGUCACUGACUCGUGUGUUCGUCAUCAUAUUAAACCAGAUCGGUCUUUAGUAAACCAUCGGCGCUCACUUCCUCAUUGUGUAAAAAGUUGUACAUCAAUAAAGUUGUAUUAAAAUGAAUCCGUGGCAACAAGGCCAAGGAAACCCGCAACAACAAUACUAUCACAAUAUUGGAUUCUGCAACAGUGCCCCACAGUCUUUUGGGAACCCAAUGCCUAUGCCAGGAAUGCCAACAAUGGGAUACCCAGGACCCCAGCCUGGUGGCGCUCCCGGAUACCCCCAGGUAUCGCAGGGUUACCCUCAACAACAAAAUUCUCCAUAUCCGAGACAACAAGCGAAUCAGGGUUAUCCAAAUUCUGCUCAAGGGUACCCAGGUCAGGGUUACCCACAGACUGCUCAAACGGGGUACCCCCAACAGGCUCAACAGGGGUACCCUCAACAGGCUCAACAGGGGUAUGCCCAGCCUGCUCAAAGUAGUUACCCUGUUCAAGGGCAAAAUAAUCCUGGUUACCCACAAAGUAGUCCAGGUUACCCGCAAAGUAGUCCGGGUUACCCGCAAACUAACCAAUACCAGGGGCAACAACAGUAUAGUCAGUCUCAUGCUAGCCAACAAGCUUACAAUACGUCUUCAUCAUAUGUUGCAAUGCCAAAGACGAAGCCGACUGUUGUGCCGGCAAAUCCCUUCGACCCUCGGGAAGAUGCCGCCGUCCUUCGGAAGGCCAUGAAAGGCUUCGGCACUGACGAGAAGGCAAUCAUCCACGUCCUAGCAAGACGCACCAAUGAACAGCGUCUCCGAAUCGCCUUCGAGUUCAAGACUCUUUACGGAAAGGAUCUGGUGGCGGACUUGAAGAGUGAAACCAGUGGCAAGUUUGAGGAUCUGCUGGUGGCUCUGAUGACUCCCUUGCCCCAGUUCUACUGCAAGGAGCUCCAUGAUGCCAUCGCGGGCAUCGGCACUGACGAGGACGUUCUCAUUGAAGUCAUGUGCACCAUGUCCAACCAUGAGAUCAACGUCAUCAAGCAGACUUAUACUGCUAUGUACGGAAAUCUUCUUGAGGACGAUCUGCGCGGUGACACAUCCGGGAACUUCAAACGGCUGAUGACGUCACUCUCUAUGGGCAACCGAUCUGAGGACUUCCACGUUGACGCAGAGAAGGCUAGGGAGGACGCCAGGAGCUUGCUCCAAGCUGGUGAACUACGUCUCGGCACUGACGAAUCAGUCUUCAACGCGGUACUCUGCUCCCGUUCCUUCCCGCAGCUGAAGGCCAUAUUCCAAGAGUACCAGUAUCUGACUGGACACGACAUCGAUGACGCCAUCAAGGCUGAGUUCUCCGGUGACCUUGAGAAGGCUUUGAGGGCUAUCGUGAAAAGCGUCCGCAACAAGCCGAUGUUCUUCGCGGAACGUCUGCACAAGUCGAUGAAAGGUCUGGGCACCAACGACCGUCAGCUCAUCCGCAUCAUGGUCACACGGAGCGAGAUCGACCUUGGAGACAUAUCAGACGCCUUCCAGGCUAAAUAUGGAGAGACGCUGCAGAGCUGGAUUGAGGGUGACUGCUCCGGCCACUACAAGAAGUGUCUGCUAGCGCUCCUCGGCCUCUACUAAACUCAGAAGCACCUGAUGCCCGCCAUCAGCUUCCCAAGUACAUCGUAAUUUAAUGUUUCAUUUAUUAUUACUCUUUAAAUCUCAAUGGUUAUCGAUGUAAUUCAUAUUAUUUUUAAGAUUGUCUGAAGUAUCUCAAUGUUAUUAUUUUUAUUAGUAAGUUUUCUAUACAUUUUUUAAUACGUCUACAGUAAGUUUUCAACGUCAUAUUGGUUUGUUUAUGAUCGAUGUAGAUUUUAAAAAACGACUUUAUGAACAUACAUUUCGAAUAUCUUACACUUUACAUAUUUCAAAAAACCCAAAUAUUUCAGCAUAUGAAUACUAUUGUACAUGCACCUACAUCGAUUGUAUAUAAACCAAUAAAAAAAGCAAAAACUACUUUUCUGCAAAAAAGUUUUAGAUUAUUAUCAAUAGAUGGCGCUAUACCGGUAUUGAAUAGUGACAUCUAACGUGACAUAUUGUAACUAAACGUCCUUAAAAGGUAUUAAUAUUGGCUUUCGAAUGUUAUACUAAUUGCUUUAGAUCUUUUGAUGAUUUCCCUUCAGAAAAAGGGUUUUUAAGGAUUUUUCUAUCUCAACUAUGACGAUCUUAUUAAAAAUUUAUAAAUAUCGCAAAUUAAAAUACAACGCCUUAUUAAAAUAAGCUGUAAUUUUAAUUAAGUAUAGUUACACUGUUUACAUACAAAUCUAAUAUAUUAUUAUUUCUCGCUCAUUAAACAUUGAAAUUUAUUUAUUAAAAAUAAAAAAAAUUAACGCAAUUCGUCCACGGGAUCUGAACAAAAAAUCUCUUUACUUUUACAAAAAGUAAAAAAAAACUGUAUUAUAAUAUUGGUAUUAUUGAAAAUUCUAUAUUUAUUCAGAGUUUGACUCUUAAGUUAUUAAAAUAAUUCGAAUAUAUUGUGCCUAAAAAAAUGUAUGUACCUCGUACAGUGUUCAAAAGACGCCCCAUUUUUUAAGCUACAUAAUUAUUAUACUCGUUAAAGCAUAUACAAUAUUAAAAUGCUAGAAAGAGAUAACUAGAUUUGCUAUGCGUGCUUUGUAUAGCUCUGUCCCUUUCUCUAUGACAUUAUGGGAUAGAAUUACGUAUAGCUUAGUAGAAAAUAUUUCAUUACUUCUUGGUAGGUAUAUGUUUCAUUUAUAAAAACAAUAUUAAAAAAGUAAUUAUACUUUUUUAUAUUUGUAUCAAAAUGUGUUUUUAAGGUUCAUUUUGUAUUUCAUACCAUUUUUAAUUAAAACUAUUAAGUUUAAUCACAAUAAUGUACGAAUCUGUUCAGAAUUUAAGUUAAAAUAUAGAUUUUUUAUUGUUAUUCUAUUAAUUAAUGGUUUGUCUGCAUUUAAGUUAAAGAUAAUAAAAUUAAAAGACAGGCUUCAAAUUAUAUCUAUUUAUUUGUCUUUUCAACGAUAAAUAUAAAUUAUUAUACAUGCCUAAAAUAUAUGUCACUAAUUUUAAAGCAAGAGUUCCUGAACGUCGCCUUAUACAAAAUAAAUAAUUAAUAUUGGAAAACAAAUACACAAUUUACAAUAUUUUUAAAUAUUAAUAAUUACAAUUACAAAUAAGAUUGAUAUUAUAUUACGAUUUCUCCCACCACUACCAAGGAAACAUGCGCACACGCCUUAUUCCAUAUACAAAUGGGGGUUACCGUUUUUGUACUUACCAGAUGGCGUAGUGUAGCAAGAAGUAUUUAGUCCAAUCACUGUCAGCUGUAAGAAAUUUUACGACCAAUGGUGUGACACUAGUUAAUUCCCUAUUGGACGUAAAGACAAGACGUUUACACUAGCUCCAUCUGGUGAGUAAAAAUAACGUUAGUCCCCAUUUAAAAGCUAUUCAGAUUAUAAACCUGUAACCGCUAUCAACUAAAACUUAUGCACUAAAACGCAGUGAUUUUUGUACGUCAUAGCGUAAUAGUAUAUUUAAUUUAGUUUUUAAUCCAAUGAAGCGAAAAUUCAAUUGUUUAGAAUUUACGUACGCUGAUUGGGUAAAAAUUCCUUUUUUUUUUAUUUCAGUAUUGUAAUAACGAAAUUAUCUAAAAUGUCGUGUCUGAUGUUUGCUUUUUAACGAAAUGAAAUAUUUUAAUACCAUUUCUACUAAUACAUUUAUUCUCAAACAUUAAUUGGUUCCAAUUCACUAGUGAAGCUACUCGUUCAAAGUUUAUACUCACGUAUUGGUGCCUAUACGAUUCUUAUUUCAAAUUAUCAAAAGUUCAUUGACACCUAAGUGAAAUAAUUCGAACACAUUAUAAAAAUAGCAAAGGUUACUCUCUAAUAUUUGAAUAGCUUUUAAUAUUCAACCCUAUUGUUAAGAACAUAAAGUUUCGAAUAUAGUAAAAGUAAAUGCUUAUUGUAUCGGUAUGGGUGCUCUAGACCUCUCUACGUGCCUAGUUGUGUGACAACGUUUCUUGACGCCUAUACGCCAAUUGUUCUGUAUUUUAUACACUCAAACGUGUAAUUUAUUUAAUAAAUGAUUAUGUAAGUGA